UCCGCCCCGCCCCGCCCCGCUGUCCCUUCCGCGCUCUGGCCCCGCUCGGCCCCGUGCGCGUUAUGGCUUCGGUGGCGAACCCCGGGCAGGGCGGCUCCGUGCCGCCCCUCGCUGUACAACGCGGUAUCGUUAAGAUGGUGCUUUCGGGCUGUGCCAUCAUCGUCCGGGGGCAGCCUCGUGGAGGACCCCCCCCUGAACGUCAGAUCAACCUCAGCAACAUCCGUGCAGGCAGCCUGGCACGCCGUGCUGCUGCCGGGCAGCCAGAUGCCAAGGAUACACCAGAUGAGCCCUGGGGCUUCCCAGCCCGUGAAUUCCUGCGGAAGAAGCUGAUUGGGAAGGAGGUGUGCUUCACUGUGGAGUACAAGACCCCCCAGGGCAGGGAAUAUGGCAUGGUGUACCUGGGUAAAGACACGAGUGGUGAGAACAUCGCCGAGUCGCUGGUGGCAGAGGGGCUGGCAUCGCGCCGGGAGGGGAUCCGUGCCAACAACUCCGAGCAGAGCCGGCUGGCAGAGCUGGAGGAGCAAGCCAAGAGUGCCAAGAAAGGGAUGUGGAGCGAAGGCACGGGCUCACACACCAUCCGUGACCUCAAAUACACCAUCGAAAACCCACGUCACUUUGUGGAUUCCAUGCACCAGAAGCCAGUCAAUGCCAUCAUUGAGCACGUGCGGGAUGGCAGCGUGGUCAGAGCCCUCCUGCUCCCGGAUUACUAUCUGGUCACAGUCAUGCUCUCCGGGAUCAAGUGCCCCACAUUCAAACGGGAGGCGGAUGCCACCGAGGUCCCUGAGCCGUUUGCAGCCGAAGCCAAAUUCUUCACGGAGUCGCGGCUGCUGCAGAGGGAUGUGCAGAUCGUGCUGGAGAGCUGCCACAACCAGAACAUCCUGGGUACCAUCCUGCACCCGAACGGCAACAUCACCGAGCUGCUGCUGAAGGAGGGCUUUGCCCGCUGCGUGGAUUGGUCCAUCGCCGUCUACACCCGCGGGGCCGAGAAGCUGCGCGCGGCCGAGAGGUUCGCCAAGGAGAGGAAGCUGAGGAUCUGGAGGGAUUACGUGGCACCGACCGCAAACCUGGAUCAGAAGGACAAGCAGUUCGUGGCCAAGGUGAGAGGGUGGGAUUAUGGGAUGUGCAGGGUGGGAUUAUGGGAUGUGCAGAGUGGGAUUAUGGGAUGUGCAGGGUGAGAUUAUGGGAUGCGUCCCAUGAAUGCAGGGUGGGAUUAUGGGAUGUGCAGGGUGGGAUUAUGGGAUGUGCAGGGUGGGAUUAUGGGAUGCGUCCCAUGAAUGCAGGGUGGGAUUAUGGGAUGUGCAGGGUGGGAUUAUGGGAUGCGUCCCAUGAAUGCAGGGUGGGAUUAUGGGAUGUGCAGGAUGGGAUUAUGGGAUGCGUCCCAGCACUGCAGUGUUAAUGCGGGAUGGGAUUGUGGGAUGUGCAGGGUGGUAUUAUGGGAUGUGUUGCAGCACUGCAGUGUGAAUGCAGGGUGGGAUUAUGGGAUGUGCA